AUGACUUUCUCGAAUGACUCGGGCGCAAAUGGCCACAAUGAGGAUAUUCAGGCUGGCAAAAGUCCCCGCUACGGACAAAGCAACGAGAGAUUAGUGGGUACAGCGUUCCCACGCAGGAAGCUGAAAAUUGUGAUGUUGGGAGCUGGAAUCUCUGGGAUCCAAUUUGCACAUGACGUGAGCACACGCAUGCUCGAUGUCGAACUGGAGAUCUUCGAGAAGAACUCGGAGCUAGGCGGCACCUGGUACGAAAACCGAUACCCGGGUUGCGCAUGUGACGUUCCUGCUCAUACCUACCAAUUCUCGUGGGAGCCUAACACGCGGUGGUCCAAGUUCUAUGCCCCCGCGCCAGAAAUCCGACAGUAUCUUAAUGAUGUUGUCGACAAGCACGGGCUGCGUAAGUAUAUGCGUUUUAACCACCGAGCAAUCUCUGCGAUGUGGCAAGAAGAGCCAUCCACUUGGCGUAUCGAGCUGGAGACAACGGAUGGCUCGGGGAAUCUCAUUGUUGUCACGCAGGAGUGUGAUGUGCUUGUAAAGGGCCUUGGCACUCUGAACAACUGGAAAUACCCCGAUAUCGAAGGAUUGUCGACCUUUGGUGGAAAUCUCAUGCAUACUGCAAAUUGGGACGAAACAGUUGACCUGACUGGAAAGCGUAUUGCGGUGAUCGGAAACGGAGCGAGCGCAGUCCAGUGCGUUGCGGCAGUCCAGCCAAUUGCAAAGAAACUUGUGAAUUAUCUACGCACUGCGUCUUGGAUGAUACCUCAUCUCUUCUCCGAUGGCGCUGUCCAGAAAGACUACUCAGCCAAGGAUUGGGAAAAGUUCGAGAAUGACCCGAAGUACUACCUUGAAUAUCGUUUGCAGUUGGAAAAUACCCUUGCUAGCGGGUUCGAGGCUAUCUGGUCAGGAAGCCCGGCUCAGACCAAGCUUGAGCGAGAGACAAUUCAACACAUGAAAGAGAUAAUCCACGAUCCUCGCCUUCUAGAAACACUGUUGCCCAAAUUUGAGCUUGGCUGCCGACGCUUCACGCCCGGGGACCACUAUCUGCACGCCUUACAACAGAAAAAUGCAUCUGUUAUCUCGGACAGCAUUGUUCACAUAACAGAAAAAGGUGUUGUCGACGCAACGGGAGCGGUCACCGAAGUCGACAUAAUUAUAUGUGCUACUGGCUUCGACGCAUCAUUCGAGCCAAGAAUGCCUACCAUAGGAAGAGAUGGUUACUCUCUGUCAGAUAAUUGGGGCAAGGACAAGCCUACUGAGUCAUACAUGGGUGCUGUUGUUGCUCGUUUUCCCAACAUGUUUGUGUUCAACCCACCUAUUACUCCCGUGCUCGGGUCUGCCUUUCCUGGCAUCCAGGCCACCAGCGAUUAUAUACUCAGGUUACUCCACCGAUUACAGACUGAUGACCUGAGGUCUAUCGUGGCCAAGGAAACUUCUCAGAGGAGCUUCAAUGAAUGGGCCCAGCAGCAACUGCGGAAGAUGGCUUUUAGUGGAGAUUGCAAGUCUUGGUAUAAAAGCUCAAAAGGAAAAGUGUUCAUUCCUUGGCCUGGCACAGUUGCUCAUUAUAUACGGACCACGUCGUUGAUUCGCUGGGAGGACUUUGACUUGAUCUGGGCUGAUCCCGAGGCCAAGUACAAGUCCCUAGGUAACGGCGUUACAGAAGAAGGUGUUGCAGUUGAAUCUCCGCCCUGGUUAUGCCAGGUUGGCUCGAAAGUGGUUUGA